GAAACACUUUACCGAGAGACGUACUUCAGCAUGUCGUUGGCUCUGCGCGCACAGCUGUUCUUUUUUCUGAUCUCCCUUUCAUCAAGGAUGGGGCUCAGUCGCUACAUAGAGGACAACGAAGCUUCAGAUGGAUUAUAUUCUCUGCUCAAUUUGGACCAGAAAAGAGAAUCAGAGGAUUUUAUUUUCCGUCGACCUCUCAGAUGCUUGGACAUGCUGGCCACUGAUGGCUACUUCACCUUUGUGGCGUCUCGGCCACAGCUGGCCUGCGCUGCUUUCAUCAUUGCUGAGCCCAGUGAUGUCAUCAGCCUGGAGCUGUCUGACGUCAGUAUCGACUGCGGCGCUGGGGAUUUCAUCAAGAUGUUUGACGGCUGGAUUCUGAAGGGAGAGAAGUUCCCCAGCAGUCAGGACCACCAGCUCCCUCUGCACCAGCGCUACACAGACUACUGCUCCUCUCUGGCACCAGGAGGAGCCACCAGCCACUCCUCUCAGAACGUCGCCAUGAUCUUCUUCCGCAUUCACAGUCCUGACAGUGGCUUUACCCUCGCUGUCAAAAAGCUGCACAACCCAUUUCCCUGUAACAUCAUGUCCCAGAGUCCAGAGGGCAGCUUCACCAUGGUGAUACCACACCAGCGCAGAAACUGCAGCUUCUCCAUCAUCUACCCUGUGGAGAUCCGACUGACAGAGCUCAGCCUGGGGCAGGCCAAAAGCAAUGAGCUCAGCCCACAGAGGUCGGGCUGUUCAGGGUCAGGUGACUAUGUGGAGCUCCUGGGGGGGAAUGGGGUGGACACCUCUAAGAUGUUCCCUGUAGCUGACGUCUGUUUCUCGCUCAGUGGGCUUGCCCAGAUGAAGAUUGGUUGUGAUAACUCGGUGGUGAGGCUGGUGUCCAGUGGGAACUAUAUCAACCGUGUUUCCUUCCAGUACCGACUAAUGGAACACAAUGAGCUCCCCAAGACUCGAGAGAACAGUCUUGAUAACUUCUGCACUGUGGAAUGAGAUCACACUCACACACAGACUCACACAUGAACAUGCACACACAAUCACACAGCCAUCCAUUUCUCUGUAAAUAUACCAGUUUAAUGAAAAUGUCCCCUUUGUCUAAUGUCGUCAAUAAAUAUUUUGUAUUGUUUUUGACAGAUAUUUUAUUUAGUGUCCUAAUUAUGUUAGCUUUGAUCGUAGCAUAUUUAUUUGAAGAAUUAUUUUUAUUCAUCACAAAUUUAUGGAUUAUGGUGGAUUUAAUUUCUUUUUAGUCAUUUGUCAUGAAAAUCUGUGAUACACUAUAUUUCUUGGCAAGAGCAUUAAUUUCAAGCCUUCCCUCUGUUGUUCUCAGUUUAUAUCAGUUUCAGUAUUCUUCGGGAGGUUUUAAUUCUCUGCUGUCCCUUAGUUACACUACCCUGAAUAUUUAAAAAUA